CCGAGAUCGUCUUCUCCGUGAGGCUCUGGAAGAGUAUAGUACUAGUCUGUUUUAGGCCAGCCGGAAUGAUACUAUACGAUUACCAUAGCAAACUGCGUCACGGAAAUUACCUUCUGGAAACUGCCUCCCUCACCUUUGCUUUCCCCUUCAUAAGACCUUCUUACCUCCAGUCUCCCUCUUACACCCUACUUCCUUCCCUACUACCACAACUUUCUGGGAGAGCGCUUUCACUUGUCUACCCCCCAUAACCCGACUCACUGCAUCUCCUGACAGACAUACUCAACAUGUCUACCUCGUCGAGCUCUGCCGAUUCUACUCUCUCUCGGGCUAGCGCCCACGCAAUAAUCUUUGACUCGAGUUCGUCAUCGCGUUCCUCUCCUUUUACCGGGAACUACAUAGUGGAUAGAGAUGGGUUUCUCUACUCCGAUCAUAGAGCGGGAGGACCCCGUCUCUGUUCACCCCCAGACGAAUACCGCCCGCUCAGUAAAGCAUGGGAGGAUCAAACCCAUUUCCGAGUGCGACAGGGGCACGUUCACGAUACCGUGAGAUCCAUACUCCAAAAACACCAUGUACAGUACCGCGAACUAUCUAUUUGGGGCCGAAAGUCUCGUGUCGACCCUGAACCUCAGUCGAUCCCCACAGUACGUGUUAUUACAGAGACGAUCCCACCCGGGGCGCGACGCGCUGCUCGGGAGAUACAUUAUGCUCUUCUAGAAAGCAUUCCCUCUCUCUUUAUCUCCGUUGACAUUGUGGACUCCCUACUCGCGACACCACUUCGAAGUUUUCCUGUCGCUAGAACUGACUCGAUUUUCGAUAAAUGGAACGAUAUCGCCCAUGCGAUCCUGAACGCGCUUGACACCCGUGAAUGGGUUGCUCUCGGGUGUUGGAGAUAUGGCGUGGGCAAUACUGGUACCGAGAAUCCUGUCACUGUGGUCGUGAAUGUCGAAAAGCGAUCCACAUCGGAGUGGAGUACCGAAUCACGCCGAAUUAGAAUGAUCUUGAGGGGUUUCGGCGUGACUGAUGUCGACAUCCUAUUCCGAAAAGAUGAGAUACGUCGACACGUGGAGGAUCCGGAACUCCCUCAAGCUGCUUGUACCAAGUUCGCGCAGCCUGGGGUAAGCCUCGGAAUUCACUCAAGCACAGCGGGGUCCUCGACCUUAGGGGGCCUCGUCGAACUACAAUUUCCGGACCAGAAAUGGCGUACGUUUGGGAUUACGUGCUUUCACGCUGUGUAUGCGCCGGAGCGGAAUCGACAAACACUCAUUCAGGUUCCGGGUGCAUCAGAAGCUUUCCGUCGGUGGAAGGACCAUCCUGUCAGGCCCGGGAAUCCUAUGGCCCCACAGCUACUUAGAGUUGACCAUCCCUCUCUGAGUGAUCUCCGACGAGCAGUUGCGUCCCUAGCCGGGGGUAUUGCGGAUUUAAAGAGCGACAAGUUUCGGGAAAUUGAGAAACAACUCAGGGCACGAGAUACAGACCCUGAUGACGUCUUUGUUAACCCAAAAGAUGAAGCCAAAUAUCAUGGCACGGUCCGUACCAUCGAUGCCUUCGAGCAACAGCACCAGUUCUUUCAAAGCUUCAUACAAAACGAGACAUAUCUUCUCGGUCCUGUAUUUGCCGGUAGCGGCCUUUGGCGAGCACGGGCAGGGCAGGAUCAACGUCAAGACCUAACAAUUGUUGACUGGGCAUUGAUCGAGAUCCCCAAAGAGCGACUCGGAGAGAAUAAACCGUUUUCCUACAAGCAAUCUAAGCCGACUCCAGAAUUCCAAGAUGGAGGCUACCUUGAGCACGGGAAAUCGUAUUCGAAAUCUGGGCGCUCGUCGGGUAUUACUACGGGGAUUUACUCUGGACUUAAAGAAGCUAAUUUCCACCAUGAGCAAAUGGAACCGGUCACGUCUACUUCACCUCAAUUCAUGAUGUUUAUCGAGACAUCAUGGAAGUGA